AUGGAAAAAAUUCGAGAAUUGGCAUUGAUUUCUGCUGUUCUCGAAGCAGUUAAGAAAUCAAUGAAGAUAGAUAAACGACAAGUAGCAGAAUUUUUGAUUAGUUGUGCAAAAAAGAACAAUUCUUUCGAUGAUUUCAUUGCAACUUUGAAAACUCGUAAAGUAAACUUGCCAAUUGAUUUAUCAAAAUAUAUAUUUGAUGUUACUAAACGCCAUUGCAAUCAAGUUAUUCCUGAAAACACAAUAGUUCCAAUUAGCAAAGCAUCAUUCGACGAACCAGACAUAAUGCAACCAGAGGUUGGUGUUAUUUACAAAGGGAGAGUAACAUCAGUUACAAAUCAAUGCGCUUUCGUUAAAAUCGAAGGUUUUCAUUCAAAACCAGUAGGAAUGUUACCUGUUACAGAGAUGAGCAAUGAUCCAGGCAGUCGAUUAUUAGCUACAGAUAUCGUUGGUGUUGGCCAACAUCUUUUUGUUAAAGUUAUAAAAUCUAUGACUGCUUCAUUAACGCUAUCAAUCAAAGGAAUAGAUCAAACAACAGGCCUAAGUUAUGAAGAAGAGGCUGUUAUUGAAAAUACUGCUCCCACAGGCGCAUUUCGGACGAUGAGAUUAUCAUCUCCAGAAAGAUUCGAAGUAGAGCAACUUAUGAGGGCCGGAACAGUUACGCAAAACGAUUUACAUGAUUUAGCCGGUGAUUACGAGCAAAUAUCUUAUUCCUCAAUCCCAGAAACUUAUUUCGAGAUUGCAUUAAACAAAACCGUUCCUCCUUUCCUACAAGGCCUCAAGACAGACAAAAGGAAAAUCGAACCCUUGUAUGUAGAAUCCAAUCCAGAAGGUUCUCUCGCAAGAUCUGCUCGAGAAGCAUCCAGAUUAUCCCGAGAGAAGCAAGAAACAAAGCGAUCAACACAAGGAUCAUCGAAGUCAAUUGUUGGACUACUCGAUGACGAAGCACCAUCAGUUAUUCCGACAAUUCCAUUAUCAGAAUUACCAGAAUGGAAAAGACAAACAUUUGGUAGUUUCGGACCAACCCUUGAGAAGAAGAAACUACCGAUAUCCGAUUACGAAUCCCAAAUAAUUGACAUGCUCUCAAAAAACAGAGUUUUUAUUUUGGUCGGAGAAACAGGAUGUGGAAAAACAACUCAAAUUCCACAAUUCCUAUUAAGAAGUGGUAUAGCAGGAGAUCUAAUGAUAGGAGUAACACAACCGAGAAGAGUUGCUGCUAUUUCUGUUGCUAAAAGAGUUGCUGAUGAAACAAAUUCUAUAAUUGGAGAUUUAAUUGGUUAUCAAGUCAGAUUUGAAGAAAAAACAUCAAGAAACACAAAAGUCAAGUUUAUGACUGAUGGUAUGUUAUUAAAAGAAUGUCUUGGAGAUCGACAGCUUUCUAAUUAUGGUGUUAUUAUGUUGGAUGAAGCUCACGAACGAACAAUUCACACUGAUGUUUUAUUUGGCUUGAUGAAAGAGUUGUUGUCAAAAGAUGACAGGUUAAAAGUAAUUGUUACAUCCGCAACUUUACAGAAAGAAAAGUUUAGUUCUUUCUUCUUUAAUUGUCCUGUCUUGGAAGUUCCUGGAAGAACAUUUCCUGUAACAACUUCGUUCGCUGUCACUGCUUUCACUGAUUAUUUGCAAGCGAGUGUAAAUACAGUAUUAAAAUUGCAUCAAACAGAAGAAAAACCUGGAGAUAUUUUGUUGUUCCUUACAGGUCAAGAUGACAUUGAUACGGCCUGUGAACAGAUUUACCAAAGAUCUAAACCAAUGGAAGAAAACUUUGGUAAAUUAAUUGUUCUUCCAAUUUAUUCGAGUCUUCCAACUGAACAGCAAACAAUGAUUUUCCAGCCUACACCUCCUGGACAAAGGAAAGUUGUUGUUGCAACAAAUAUCGCGGAAACAUCAAUUACUAUUGAUGGAAUUCGAUAUGUCGUUGAUCCAGGACUUGUCAAAGAAAUGAGAUAUGAUCCAAGGACAGGAAUGGACACUUUGGAAGUAGUUCCAAUCUCCAAAGCAGCAGCAAACCAAAGAAAAGGAAGAGCAGGAAGAACGGCAGCAGGAAAAUGUAUAAGAUUAUAUACAGAAGAUAGUUAUAACAAUGAAAUGAAAGAAACAACAAUUCCUGAAAUACAAAGAUCGAAUAUGGCAAUGGUUGCUUUGGAUAUGAAAGUUAUUGGUAUUGAUGAUUUGAUUGGCUUCGAUUUCAUGGAUAAGCCACCAACGAAAAUCAUCAUCGACGCGUUGGAUCAACUCUAUACUUUAGGUGCUUUGGAUGAAGAAGGAAAUUUGACACCUCUUGGAAGAGACAUGUCAAAAUUUUCAUUAAAUCCACAACUCGCGAAGAUGUUGAUUAUGAGUUCUAUGCUGGGAUGUUCCGAAGAAGUUUUGGUGCUUGUUGCAAUCUUGAGUGUACAAGGAAUAUGGUACAGACCAAGAAAGAAACAAGCAGAAGCAGAUGCGAUGAAAGCAAGAUUAAACAGAGAUGAAGGUGAUCAUAUGACAUUGUUACAUGUAUUUAGAGAAUGGCAAAAGAACGGAGAAAGAGAAGCAUGGUGCAAAGAGAACUACGUACAUUAUAGAUCAUUGAAAAGAGCAAAGGAUGUAAUGACACAGUUAAGACAACAAAUGGAACAAUUCCAUGUUCCUUUAGUUUCUUGCGGAAAAGAAAUAAUUCCAAUUUUGAAGGCAAUUGUUUCUGGAUUUUUCGCAAAAGCAGCAAGAAGAUACAUGGGAACUGAGUACAAAACAAUAGUUGAUGACCACCCUGUUUAUAUUUUCCCUGGAUCAGCAUUGUUCGGAAGAGAACCUGAGUACUGCGUUUUUCAUGAAUUAGUGAAUACAACAAGAGAAUACAUGAGAAAUACUGUUGCUGUUGAUCCAAGAUGGUUGGUUGAGUUGGCUCCUGCUUUCUAUAGAAAGGCAUCUCCAUUGGAAAUGACGUCGAGAAAGAGAGCAGAUAGAGUCAAUCCUCUCGCUGAUAGAAAGUCAGAUAAUAAGGAUAGAAAGUGGAGAAUCACUGAACAAAGAAUUAUUAGAAUAUAA